GGGAACUCCUCAAGCUUAGAAGUUUCUGCACCUCAAAGGAAUUUCUCAAAAAGGUUUCUGAUAGUCAUGAGAAAGGAGAAGAUCUUUUGCAUAAAAAUCGCAUGUUGCAGGAUGAAAUUGCCAAGCUAAGAUUGGAAAUAGACACAAUGAAAAUUCACAACCAGGAAAAAGAAAAGAAAUAUUCCGAGGACAUGAAAAUUGUAAAAGAAGAAAAUGAUGACCUUCAAAAGACAUUAAAACUGAAUGAGGAAACAUUAACAAAAACAAUAUUUCAGUAUAAUGAACAGAUUGAUGUUCUGACAUCACAAAAUGCAAUGCUAAACUCUAAAUUAGAGAGUGAAAAAAAAAGCAAGGAAAGACUGGAAACAGAAGUUGAAUCAUACCGUUCUAGACUGGCUGCUGCAAUAAAUGACCAUGAUCAAAGUGAGAUAUCAAAAAGAGAGCUGAAACUCACUUUCCAGAGAGCAAAAGAUGAGUGGUUUCAUUUACAGGACAAAAUGAAUUUUUAUGUGUCUAACCUAAAAGACAACAAUGAGAUUCUUUCUCAACAGCUUUCUGAAGCUGAAAGUAAAUUCAAUAGCCUAGAAAUCGAGUUCCAGCACAUAAGACAUGCUUUGAGAGAAAAGAUUUUGAUUUUAGAACAUGUACAAAGAGACCUAAGCCAAACCAAAUUUCAUGCUCCUGAGGAGGAAACAUGAGAAGGUUCUGACACUAUUGGAUUAACAGUGACACAAAACCCCAAAGAGUGCUCCCAUGUCCUCAAGGGGCUCCUUUAAUGUAAUUCACUUCUGUCAAAUUUUCUUUUCAUGGAAUUCAGGUAUUCAGGAAUACAGUUAUUGUUUGGCUAGCACAGGAAUUUAGGUGCCAGGAAACAAGAAUUUUGGAUCAUUUCCAUUGGAAUAAUAAGAAAAAGUAGAAAAUGAGUAUUGGUGAUAGACAGUCAAGGUAAAACAAGAAAAGUUUCAGAGGAGAAUCAAAGAUUUUUAGGGAGAUCUAUGAAGAUGAAGAAAAAUAAACUAAGCCAGAGUCAUCCAUACCCUAGUUCCUUCUUUGAGAACAGAGAGCAUGAAAUUUGGCUUACAAGAUUUUGCCAGUGUUACAGAUGUCUUCCCACUCAAUGAACAGAAGCUUCAUGACACCAUGAAACAGGGAUCAGGCAAAGGGUUUUGUCUGUUUGUCUGUUUUUUCCCAUUCAAGCUUUCCUUUCUUAUGCGAGGCAAGGCUAAGCUAAAGUCAGAUGUCAUGCCCAUUCCUUCAAUCCCCCUGCCAAUGGAAGAAAAGUAGUCCAAGGGUUCAAAGUAGUCCAAGGUUCCUGACUUGUCAUGGCUUCCUCUCAAAGAGGCAGACAUCAUAGAAAAGCCCUGUGGAUAUGGGGGUGAUCCUUAUCAUUUCCCAUCAGUUCCAAGGUGGCAUCUAGUCACAACAUUUUUUUUCUUUGGAGCACCGAGGGACAUUCUUUUUCUUCACUAUCCUAAUAGAAUCACAGGAGAUAAAGCAGUACAAUCUCCAAGAUGGCUUUGGAUUAGAGAUUGUGUGCAUUUGUUAUUUCCUCCUCCCUUAGUAUUGUCUGUCUUCUCAGAAAAAGGCACUCAGACCUUGAGAGAUUUCCUUAAUAACAGAUAAUAGUCACACCCGACUAAUUUUAUGUGCUUCUUAGAAGAGAGGCAAAACAGCAUAUGUAAAAUACAAGGAGCUCUUCAAGACCAUAAUGCUACACUAAGUUUUACUUCUGAAUCAUAGAAAGGUCCUGAAUGCUCAUUGUGUAAUAUUUUGAAAAAUGUAGAAAAGCAUGGAAGAAGAAAAUAAAAAUUGCUCAUAACCCAUCACUUUUAAGAGGGCAAAUGAUAGCCUGAGGGUCAAAUCCUGUCCAGUGCCUCUUUCUUCCAGUAUGGCCCUCAAGCUAAGAAUGUUUUUUAUGUUUUUAAAGGGUUGUAAAAAACAAUAACAAUGCCUACCAGGAUGACAACAACACACACACACAAAGAAGAAUAUGUGACAGAGACUUUAUAUGGCCCAGGAAGACUAGAAUAUUUACUAUUUGACCCUUUACAGAAAACAUCUUCUGACUCUUGAUAGAAAGUAACAACUAUUAUUUUGGUGCCUUUCCUCUCUUGAGUACCUGUGCAAAUUUUUAAGAAAAAAAUCUGUGAUAAUCUUUGAUUUUGUAUAUUAUUUUUUCCUCCUACUCUAAUACUAUGUCAUGUACAUUUUACCCAUCAUUAAAUAUUCUUCAAAAA